GUCUGCGCCAUCUGUAGUUUCAUAUUAUUUACUGAAAAAUGAGUAUCGGACUAAGCACCACUCAUUUCUAUCUUAAAUAAUGUAACUUAAUUUUUGAUUGAAGAAAAAUGAUGCGAUGAUAGCUGCCAAUAUUGGAUAAGAGUUCCCUACAACGAUAAGAUGGAUUAUGGUCAGUCUGCAAGUGGCCGUCAGAGAGGAAGGGUUGGCGCCCCUCCUGGUGUACUUUCACUUCGCAUAAAACGAAAGGAAUCCUUUAGUAUAAGUGAUAUAUACGACAAAUAGUGAUAGAAAAUAACACAAGAUGGAGUUUGAUGAGUACGAGUCCUUGCCUACGAGUGACGUGGGGGUGCACAUGACGGCCGGAGCAGUGGCAGGAAUAAUGGAGCAUUGCGUAAUGUUCCCAAUUGAUUCUGUGAAGACACGGAUGCAGAGCUUGGCACCUUCCCCUGAGGCAUCAUACCGCACCAUCCGGGAAGGUCUAGUGAAGAUGGUGAGCUCGGAGGGUGUCAUGCGGCCACUGGGAGGAGUUAGUGCUGUUAUCAUUGGAGCAGGACCAGCACAUGCAUUUUACUUCUCAGCAUAUGAAGGGAUAAAAUCAAGGUUUAGCUCAAAUAAUGAACUUCAGAACCAUUUAGUAAAUGCUGGUGCUGGCUGUGGAGCAACAAUUCUACAUGAUGCUGUCAUGGUUCCCGCUGAUGUCAUCAAACAACGUAUGCAGGUGUACAACAGUCCAUACUCAUCCUGUUUUGACUGCAUAAGUAAGAUGUACCAAAGAGAAGGCAUAAAGUCGUUCUACCGUUCCUUCACCACGCAGAUGGCCAUGAAUGUUCCUUUCCAUGCCAUCCACAUUGUCACCUAUGAAAAGUUCCAGAGUAUCCUCAACAAGAAGAGAGAGUACAACCCCAAAGCACACAUAAUAGCUGGGGCAGCAGCAGGGGCGGUGGCCGCCGCCUGCACCACCCCCUUGGACAUGUGCAAGACUGUUCUCAACACUCAGGAAACAUCUGCACUCAUCCAGUUACAACAGUCUAGAGUGGUGGGCAUAACUGGUGCUCUUAGGACCAUAUAUUUAAUGAAUGGUAUCCCUGGAUUUUUCAAAGGCAUACGAGCCCGCAUUCUGUACCAAAUGCCAGGAACAGCCAUCUCCUGGAGCAUUUAUGAGUUGUUCAAACACCAGUUGUCAAAAAUUAAUAGAAAUGAGAGCGGACCUCCACACUGGGACAGUGAUCUGAGGAAAGACAGUGUUGUUAGAGAAAGCCGAAGUGAACUUGAAUCGUCCAGUACAAACAUGACUGAUGGAAGGGAAAAGCGCAUCAUUCUCGGCUCCACCACAAAUAAAACUGUUGAAAGGUUUCGGAGUCUUCAUAUGCCAGCCCUGACAGCGAGCUGUGCAGCUGCAGAUGAUAACUUUCUUGGCAAAUAGCAAUAGGUAGAGUGUAACAACUAAAAGACAUUUGUUUUAAUCUUUUGUUAAAUGUCCAGAUCGUGCCUUCAGUUGAAUAUCAUUUGAGGAGAGAGUUGUACAACUUCUUGACUUCUUUGUUGGUGAUGUUCUGCUCAUUGCAGUUGGAAGCUUUAUCUACACAAUUUUCCUCUAGAAACAAGUGUGAUGAGUACAGUUGUGCAGAUGGUUCUGAAAAUAUUAUUAGAAAACAUAUAAUCAUUCCCUUCUCUCACUUCAUCUUCAGUAUUAAUCAUGAUCAUAACAGUAUACAUAAGAAUACUUGUAAGUCAGUGAUCUCUGUCUUUAUUUGUCUUUAUUUGUAGAAUGGAAGGGUUAGAUUCAGGCAUAAAUUGUAAAACAAACAUGCAUCCCUUAGAAACAACCACAUAUACAUUGACACAACAGUCUACACAAUACCCAGUGCUCAUCCUUUGUUGGAUUUCCUUCACUGCAGGUUUACUUUGCAUGUGGGAAAAUUGUAGCUUGAUCCUUGGCUCUUUGUUUUCUUGUAAGCUUCUGUACCCUUGUCUUGUACCAGCAAGUAGGUACCUGUAUAAAACCCAACUCUGUCAUGUCAAGGAGAGAAGAAAAAAGUUUUCUGGACUUGCAAAAUAUGGCAAGACACAACUGCUACCUUUCAAACACCUCACCAUUCUCAUAGACAUUCCUUUCCGAAACUGUCACCCACACUUUCUCUCUCUCUCUCUCUCUCUCUCUCUCUCUCUCUCUCUCUCUCUCUCUCUCUCUCUCUCUCUCUCUCUCUCUCUCUCUCUCUCUCUCUCUCUCUCUCUCUCUCUCUCUCUCUCUCUCUCUCUCUCUCUCUCUCUCUCUCUCUCUCUCUCUCUCUCUCACACAUACACACACAAAUAAAUGAAAUGUUAACACAUUCUCAUUUAUUUAUCUCUUCCGUCAGCUUAUCUUCCUAUAGAGGUAGUAGCCAUGCUUACACAACACUAGUACACAUCAUUUCUCUCACCACGGGCACAUUUUAAAGUUGCUCUUCAUACUUGCUGCUUUGAUGAAAUGCGUAGACUCCAUCCAACAGUCUUCCAGCAACACUUAAUGUUUAGAAUGCUUCUCAAGUAUCUUGGUCACAUCCUUUAAGAUACUUUUACUUCUCAACAUUCUUAAAGUUGACAAGUUGUAGGAGCCACAUGUGCCUGUCUAGUCAGCUUAUUUCUAGACAGGCAUGAGGUGCAGUGUAAUAAUCUAAUGGCACCCCUGUUGACAAUGAGAAAAGCUAGGACUGUCAUUAUCACUAUUUAUUAUUAUUAUUAUUAUUAUUAUUAUUAUUAUUAUUAUUAUUAUUAUUAUUAUUAUUAUUAUUAUUAUUAUUAUUAUUAUUACUACUACUACUACUACUACUACUACUACUACUACUACUACUACUACUACUACGACUACGACUACUGCUACUACUACAUGUGAAUGUAGGUGUGUAAAUGUUUUGUUUUGGCCCCACCCCCUCUCAAGGGGAAGUCUGCCUGAUAAAUAGAUAUAUUAUUGUUUUUAGAAUGAUAAUCUUUCAUCAUCAUUAUUACUGUCAUGUCAUCAUCAGCACUCCAACCCCCUCCACCAAACAGAUAUCCAUUUCGUCAAUGAAGGUUCAUACUACCUGGUUCACUUCUGUUCCUUCUAUUAGUUUUUGCUUGUGAUUGAGGCAACAACAUAGAAUGGCUCAGGAAACUGUUCUUUGAAUGAAUGAUUUAACAGCUUGUAUCACAACCUCAUUUGAUAGAUAACUGAUAGACAAAGAUGUAUUUCCUCAAAGCUGUCUUGAUAUCGCAUUUUAUGAGGUUUUGUGAGAUGUGUAUGCCUCCCUGUUUGAAUGGUGGUUGUGACAUCAUUGUGUCUUUUGUGGGUAAUGACACCUUUGGUACGACUAUUGACAGGUUGCUCAUUGUGAGAUUGGACAUGUCACUGUCUUGAGCUGAGGCAGUAACAACUCCAAGUCUCAUCUUCACUAAAUUAUUAUUUCAGUUUUAGUUUAACUCAUUUUCACAAACUUCAUUAAGUGUAUGAAGACACCAAGCCAUUGAGACCACACCUUCUUGUGUAAAAUGAAUCAGCCAAAGAUUUUGUGAAAUGAAAAGUAAUACCAAAGCUCAGUAGUAAGAAUCUGCAGCUGAUUGUUGUGUAGAUGUGAAGAUUCUGACUGUAUUGAUGUAGAAUGUAAUUACUGAAGGAAGGAGUGAAGAAGAUAUUAUUCUCUUGAAUGCAUUCUAGUCAAUUUCUCAAUAGUGGGAACUGAAGCAACAUUAAUUAGGAAAGCACUGCUUAAUUAAAGGAUUGACUAGGCUAUGAUUCAAGAAGCUGAUUGAAUAAUAUAACAGUGAAUGUGUUCCCCCCGUCAGAUACGUAGGAUUCAAAAGUCAUCGUGAUUGAAAAGCUAAAAAUCCUGGAACAUGAAAAACAGAGAGAGAGAGAGAGAGAGAGAGAGAGAGAGAGAGAGAGAGUGUGUGUGUGUGUGUGUGUGUGUGUGUGUGUGUGUGUGUGUGUGUGUGUGUAACAAAGUGAACAGAAACAGGUAACAAGUUUUAACAGUUUGUGAUCCUGUCUACCUAAUGAAAACCACAGAUUCAUAGUUUCCAUAAUGUACAUAUUUUAAUGUACAUAUUUUUAUAGAGCUGGUUGCAGGGGCAACAGCCUUAGAAUGUUUCCAGGAGGUGCUGAAAUUGUGAUAAUUGCAAGCGAGACCUGCUGUUUUUGCAAAAUUCUCUGUGGUCUCCAGCAUUUUCAUCCACUUGUAGUACGCUGGAGAACUUGUUGCCUCACCAGUUGUGAUACGUUGACUUGCUUGAUGUCAUAAUUAACAUGUCAACACUUGUUUUUAGAUGUUUAUGUCAAGUAAUACUAAGAAAUGGUUAAACCUCUUAUGGUACACUGAUCCAAGGCUCAUGUUGAACAAUUCUAACUGUAUUUAUGUUGCACUCAUGGUUGCUGGUGUUGGGUUUAGCACAGCAUCAUAGCUUUAUGAAAUAUUUUGCUUUUGCAUUUAGUAUGAUGGUAAUUGAAGUAUUCAGGUCAAAGGGAGUUACUGUCAUGUCUUAAUUGAGUUUUAUUUCAAGAAUUGAUAUGCUUUUUCUGCAUUAUGCUUGAUGGUCUUACCAGCCAGUGAGUCCAGUAUACUUGAUCAAUUUGCACUCUUAUUUGUGGGUUGAGAGUUUCAACUCUGUCUUGGAUGUAAUGCAAGGAUAUGAUAUACAGUAUAUUAAGUAACUGAUAUCUUUAUAUAGUGGAAUGCUUCCCAUUUUACCUUGUCAGAAGCACCUGUAUUGAUGUGUGACAAUAGUAUGAGUCUUCUAAAUGUAGUGUAAGUUCAUUGAUUUUGUCAUGAGUCAUAACUGCUGCAGCUCAAUUGGUACUUCUCACCAGCUCAUGCCACAUAAAAACACCAGUUAUAUGCCAUUGAACUUCAGAUAAGUGAAAGUUUCUCAUUUAGAAAGAACUUACACCAAUUGUACGUAAGAAGAAAAGUUUCUGAAGGGUUAUUGUAAUCUUCAGUCACUCCUCCAGCCUUGGAGGUGUGAUGUUUCUUUUGAGUUCUCCCUCCUUCCCUAGCAGUAUAGACAAAGUGGUAGUUAACCAUUUGAACCUUUGUAAAGUGUUUGUCCUAGUACACUGUCACUGCAGGUGUAGACAAUUACAGAAUAAUGGCUGUAACAUCAGAGUCAGUCAUAGAAAUCAAGAGAAAGUAAUAGUAUGCACUACUGUCUGAUAUCUGAUAUCAACUAAUGAAAAAAAUCAAUAGGUAAUAUUAAGUGACAUUGUGACUAAUGCAUCCAUUUUUUUAUGUGAUAUGGUUUUUUCUUGUUAUCAUAUGUGUAGGCAUAGAAGACGGCAUAUCACAUGGAUUUCAAUGCAAUAGUAUCUAUAAUUGGGAACACUUGGGUUAUGAAACAAAAACUGCUCUGUGAAGACUGGUCUGCUGGCAGCUCUGUGUCACCUGUGAGCAGCCUGAACACCACCACUACCAUCAUGCAGGCCAGUGGAAACAUGGUGUGUGUAUACUGUCCACAGUUUUCACCUCAAACCAUUAGAAAUUUUUUGUUACACAGUGCCAUUAAUGUACAAAACCAUUAUUAAGUAACAAAUCAAAACUUUGAUAUGAAUUGAAAAUAGAAUGGUACUUCAAUAAUGAUAAACCUAUGCAAUUUAAUUUAGUCGCAACAUUCUCAUAAUUAAUGACGUACAGUUGAAUUGAAUUGCAUGUGUUGUAGAAAUAAUUGAUGAUUGGAUGUUACAUUGACAGUAAUAUGAAAAUUGGGGACUGUUGGGCAGUAUACAGACAGGAUUCUUCAAUACCCUUGGAGAAGCUUCAAGCCCAGGGAGGUUUAAUCUUUUCCAGUAUUGUUGUUAAUCUCAUAUGUACAUAAAGAUUAUUUAAAUGAAAUAUAUUUACAUUUUCUAGAA